AUGACCCAGAAUUAAUAUAAAUUAUAUAUUUUGUCUAAUAGGUCUUUUUUGGAACAUUCGUGGUGUACAUUCUUCUCUCCCUCGACUUCUUUAUCUUAUUAAAACUUAUAAGUUGCAAUUUCUUUCUAUUCUGGAACCGUUGGUGGAUUAUGAUCAGCUGGAAUGCAUCUUCCUCCACUUUCUGGAUUUCAAGUGUUUAUGGCCUACAUAGUAGAGUUGAAAGGGAGGGGCUUUGGACCUCCCUUAGAUCUCUUGCCCUUAGGUCUGAGCCUUGGAUCAUUGGGGGAGAUUUUAAUACAGUUGUUUCUAUUACUGAGCAUAAGGGUGAAGUCUGUCCAGACCUUGGGAGUAUCAGAGAUUUUGCAAAUGCUAUCUCUGAUUGUGAACUUGUCUCUCCUCCUUUUUUGGGAAGUCAGUUUACUUGGACUGGUAAAAGAGGCCGGGGGAGAGUUUUUAGGAGGCUUGACAGGAUUUUAUUGAAUGAAUCCUGCAUGGAUUCUUUCCCAGUUUUGGAGGUCAGGCAUCUUGGUCGUGGGUUAUCAGACCAUAGACCUCUUUUGGUUAAGGCCUUUCCUAAUAAUAAUUUGGGCCCUAAACCUUUUAGAUUCUUAAAUGUUUGGUGCUCUCAUGACUCUUUCAAAGAUCUCAUUGCUUGCACUUGGGGACAGAAUUACCAGGGAGGGGGCAUGAGGGGUUUAGCUGUCAAGCUUACUGUUCUAAAGAAGGCCCUUAUUAAGUGGAACAAGGAGGUUUUUGGAAAUAUUUUUGAUGAGGUUUCCAAGGCAGAGGAGAGGUUGUUAUCAGCUGAAAGGACUUUUGAAAAUGAUGACUGUGAGGCUAAUGUGAUUGAGUGUAAUUUAGCAACAGCUCUUCUGCAGCAAGCACAUAAGAAGGAAGAGGCCUUCUGGUCCCAGAAGGCAAAUGUUAGAUGGAUUGCACAAGGGGAUGCCUCAACUGCUUUCUUUCAUUCUUUUGUCAAGGGAAGGAGAAAUAGGCUCUUUAUUUCUUCUCUUAAGAAUGAUGGAGGGACUUUGCUCAGCUCUCAAGAGGAGAUUGCAAAAGCUGCUGUGGAUCAUUUUACUAAGGUAUUCUCUAACAUUCAUGAAGGGGAUAUGGGGGAGAUUCUUGGCCAUAUUCCUUCUUUUCUUUUGGAUGAGGAUAAUGCUAUGCUUGGGUCACUACUAGAUGAGGAGGAAAUCAGGAAAGCUAUUUGGAAAUUGAAUGCUAAUAGUACUGUAGGUGCAGAUGGAUAUAAUGGUUUCUUCUUCAGACAAGCUUGGGAUGUAAUUAAGGUUGAUGUGCUUAAGGCAGUGCAGGAGUUUUUCCUGGGUAUCCCCUUGCCCAAGGCUUUUGGAAGUACUUUAAUCACUCUUAUCCCUAAGGUGGAGGGUGCCAUUACUUUGGAUCAAUUUAGGCCUAUUUCCUUAUCCACCUUUUUCAGCAAGAUUCUGUCUCGAAUUUUGAGUGAUAGAUUGAAGAAAGUUCUCCCUUCUUUGAUCUCCCCAGAGCAGGCAGCUUUUCAAUCAGGCAGGAGUAUAAAUCAGCAUGUUCUUAUGGUGAAAGAGAUGGUGCAUCUGUUGUCCUCUAAUGCAAGAGGUGGGAAUUGUAUCAUUAAGUUAGACCUAUCCAAAGCUUUUGACAGGAUAUCCUGGAAGUAUUUAGAGCAUGUUUUACUUAGAUUUGGAUUUUCACAGAGGGUUAUUAAUCUUCUGUUGGGAAAUUUGAGAUCAACUUUCUUCUCAGUUUUGGUUAAUGGUCAGCCUAAAGGUUUCUUCCCUAUGAAAUGUGGAGUUAAGCAGGGUGAUCCACUGUCUCCUCUUCUUUUUAUUUUGGCCAUGGAGGGAUUUACCAGAAAUCUUCUGAGAUUGAAAGCUGCUCUUUCUCACUUUGGGAAUGCUUCUGGUCAGGCUAUAAAUUUUAAUAAAAGCCAGGUGAUUGUCCAUGAUAAAAUGAGGCAGGAGCACAAAGCCAAGAUUAGAAGCAUCCUUGGCAUCAGAUGUCAUACCAGGGAGUUCACAUACCUUGGUUCUGUCAUUGUUAAGGGAAAGCUCAAGAAGAUCCAUUGCCAAGGGUUGCUCCAGAAGUUUGAGAGGAGAAUUGCAGCUUGGUAUAGUAGAAAGCUAAAUCAGAUGGGGAGAUUGAUUUUGAUCAAACAUGUGUUGUCAUCCAUUCCUUUACAUAUUUUGGCUGUGCAAGAGAUUCCCAGGUCUAUUGUUAAGUGUCUUCAUAUGUUUAUGGCUAACUUUUUCUGGGGUGCUAGAGAUAUGGGACACAAAUACCAUUGGAGGAAGUGGGAGAAGCUUUGUUUCCCUUUGCUAGAGGGGGGUAUAGGGGUGAGAGAUCUUGGUAAUUGUCAAAGGGCUACUGCUAUGGACUUGUGGUGGAAGGUGCAGCAAGGUGGAACUAUUUGGAGCUCUUAUAUGCAGCAGAAAUAUUUCAGGGAUGGCUCCUUUACAGCAAAAGUAGGAAGAACAAAGGAUUACGGAGUGCGUCAGUACCUGCGGAAGGGAACAGAACAGAGCCGCAUGAAGUGGUCUUCUGAUUGCCGCCGCCGUCCGCCGGAGGAGCUGUCUGCCGCCACGAGUCGGAGGCCGUUGGGUGGCCGCUGCCUUGCUGCCGAGUUGGCCGAUAUCUUCUUUGAGAAUUUGUUUUGUUUAAUUCGCCAAUUAAUCGAGGUAACAAGAAUGAUGAAUAAGGAGCUAUCCUGGAAGGCAGGGAGGACGAGAUGAUGGAUGGAUGCUGGCUGGAGGAGUUAUCUAAUUUAAUACUACCUCCGUCCCGCUAUGUUUGUCCAGUUUUGACUUUUGGAACUGUUCAUCUAAGCACUUUGACUCAUCAAAUUCUCUCAAUGUGUAAGUCUAAAUAUAGUCAUGUGUGAUCUUGUUUGAUUUGUCUUAACAUAUAGAUUAUUAAUAUAUAAUUUCUAUAAUUUUUUAAUAUACAAAUUAUAAGAUAAAAUGGAUUAAAGAAGUGCAUUGGAU